AUGGCUGUUUCCGCUUCCAAGGCUAAGAGAGAUGCCAAAAAGGCCGAAAAGGGCAAGAAGACCAAGGUCACCAAGGACGCCGCCGAAGAGGCCGCCGAGAAGAUUGCUACCCUCAAGCUUCAAAAGGAUAAGCACGGUCUUUCCGACCGUGUCACCACCGGUGUUCUUGCCAGUUUAGGAACCUCCCGUGACGUCAAGGUCGAUGCUGUGUCCCUUGUGUUCCACGGUAAGGUUUUGAUCCAGGACACCACCAUCGAACUUAACUUUGGUCGCAGAUAUGGUCUGCUUGGUGAGAAUGGUUGCGGCAAGUCCACCCUUUUGAAGGCAAUUGCUGCCCGUGAAUACCCUAUUCCCGAACACAUUGAUAUCUACCUGCUUAACGAGCCCGCAGAGGCUACUGAGUUUAGCGCCUUGGAGUACGUUGUUCGUGAGGCUGAGCACGAGCUCAAGCGUCUCGAGGCUCUUGUCGAGGAGAUUCUGGAGGAAGAAGGCCCUGAGUCUCCUUCCCUUGAUGACCUUUACGAGCGUAUCGACAGUAUGGAUCCCAACACUUUUGAGUCCAGAGCCUCUGUCAUUCUUAAUGGUCUUGGCUUCAACAACAAGACUAUCAAGAAGAUGACCAAGGACAUGUCUGGUGGUUGGCGUAUGCGUGUGGCCCUUGCCAAGGCCCUUUUCGUUAAGCCCACCUUGCUUCUUCUUGACGACCCCACUGCCCAUUUGGAUCUCGAGGCCUGUGUCUGGCUUGAAGAGUACCUCAAGAGAUUCGACCGUACCCUUGUCCUGGUUUCCCACUCUCAAGAUUUCCUUAACGGUGUCUGCUCCAACAUGAUUGAUAUGCGCCAGCGCAAGCUCAUUAUGUACGGUGGUAACUACGACUCUUACAUCAAGACCCGCACUGAACAAGAAACCAACCAGAUGAAGCAGUACAACAAGCAACAGGAAGAAAUUGCCCACAUUAAGAAGUUCAUUGCUUCCGCCGGUACCUACGCCAACUUGGUUCGUCAGGCCAAGUCCCGUCAAAAGAUUCUCGACAAGAUGGAGGCUGAUGGUCUUAUUGAGAAGGUUGUCCCUGAUAAGGUUUUCUCUUUCCGCUUCCCCGAUGUUGAGAAGCUUCCUCCUCCCGUUCUGUCCUUUGACGACGUUACCUUUUCAUACUCUGGCAACGCAGAGGACAAUCUGUAUGAGAACCUCAACUUUGGUGUCGAUAUGGACUCUCGUAUUGCCCUUGUCGGCCCUAAUGGUGUUGGCAAGUCUACUCUGCUCAAGCUCAUGACUGGUCAGCUCACUCCCACCUCUGGCCGUGUUUCUAGACAUACCCAUCUUAAGAUUGGUGUUUACUCUCAGCACUCUGCUGACCAGCUCGAUCUGUCCAAGUCUUCCCUUGAGUUUGUUCGCGAUAAGUUUUCUAACAUCUCCCAGGACUUCCAAUACUGGCGUGGUCAGCUUGGCCGCUACGGUCUUACUGGUGAGGGCCAGACCGCCACUAUGGCCACUCUUUCUGAGGGUCAGCGCUCGCGUGUUGUUUUUGCUCUGCUGGCUAUUGAGUCUCCCAAUAUGAUUUUGCUGGAUGAACCUACCAACGGUCUUGAUAUCCCCACCAUUGACUCGCUUGCCGAUGCCAUCAAUGCCUUUGAGGGUGGUACCGUUGUUGUUUCGCACGAUUUCCGUCUUUUGGACAAGAUUGCCAAGGACAUUUAUGUCUGCGAGGACAAGACUGCCACCAGAUGGGAUGAUUCCAUUCUGGCAUACAAGGCUAAGCUGGCCAAGAACAUUAUCUUGUAA